AUGCAGAGUUCUCAUUAGUUCUGCCAGGUUCUUCCUUAAUUCAAUUGAUUUUUGGGCCAUCCCUACAGCCAAUUUGGUUCCUCGGAUUCUCAAUUGUCCAAGAGAGCUAGUAGGUGUAACACAUGGCUAAACCUCCAAAUAGACAAUCUUUACAAAUGGAGAGUAGUCGCGGAUCUCUGUUACAAGAACUCAAGAUAAUUUGGGAUGAAGUUGGAGAAUCUGAAGCUGAAAGGGAUAAAAUGCUACUUGAGAUAGAACAGGAGUGUUUGGAGGUUUAUAGGAGAAAAGUUUACCAGGCAAAUAUGUCUCGAGCUCAGCUGCGGCAGGCUAUUGCCGAUGCUGAAGCAGAGAUUGCAGCCAUAUGUUCUGCAAUGGGUGAGCCACCAGUGCAUGUUAGGCAGUGUAAUCAAAAUGCUGGGAGCUUAAAGGAAGAGCUCAAGGCCAUUAUUCCAGAGCUAGAGGAGAUGAAAAAGAGGAAGAAUGAUAGAAAGAAUCAAAUUCUUGAAGUUGUAGAGCAGAUAAAGGAGAUAUUAAUUGAGAUUAGGCCACCAGGGUAUGAUUUAUCCACUGUGGCUGUGGAUGAAUCUGCCCUAUCUGUGAGAAUGCUUGAAGAAUUGCAUGGGCAGUUACAGCUACUUCAAGAGGAGAAGGCUGACCGUCUGAGAAAGGUCCAGGAGCAUCUGAGUACUUUGAGCUCUCUAUGUUUGGUACUUAGUAUAGAUUUCAAGCAAAUGGUUGGUGAGGUAGACCCUAAUCUGAAUGAAACUGGAGGAUUCAAAAACACUAGUGAUGAUACAAUUGAAAGGUUGACCUGUGCAAUUCACAGAUUGCGAGAGAUUAAGAGGCAAAGAAUGGAAAAGCUUCAAGAUCUUGCGAGUACUAUGUUGGAGCUGUGGAACCUGAUGGACACACCAACUGAAGAGCAACAAAGUUUUCAGAGUGUAACAUGUAAUAUAGCUGCUUCAGAACAUGAAAUAAUAGAGCCCGAUGCUCUUUCUGUGGACUUCAUCAAACAUGUUGAAGCAGAAGUUUUGAGGCUUGAAGAGCAGAAAAAUAGCAAGAUGAAAGAACUUGUUCUUAGGAAAAAGAGCGAGCUAGAAGAGAUUCGUAGACGGGCACAUUUAGUAGCAGAAGGAGGUAGUGAAACAGAAUUUGCAUAUGAAGCUGUUGAGAACGGUGAUGUUGACUCCUCUUUAGUCCUCGGCCAGAUGGAAUUUCUAAUUUCAGAAGCUAAAGAACAGGCAUUCAGCAGGAAAGAUAUUCUCGAAAGGGUCGAAAAAUGGCUGGCAGCUUGCGAAGAAGAGUCUUGGCUGGAGGAAUACAAUAGGGAUGAGAACCGUUAUAGUGCUGGAAGAGGUACCCACCUUGCACUGAAGCGUGCUGAAAAAGCACGCAUUCUUGUCAGCAAAAUUCCAGCAAUGGUAGAGGCAUUGUCAGCCAAAACAACAGCUUGGGAGAAAGAGAAGGGCAAUGAGUUUAAAUAUGAUGGUGUCAGCCUUUUGUCGAUGCUGGAAGAUUACACCACUACAAGGCAGGAGAAAGAGCAAGAGCGAAAAAGACAGAGGGAUCAGAGGAGGCUUCAGGGUCAGCUUACUGCAGCGCAAGAAGCACUUUUUGGCUCUAAGCCAAGCCCUUUGAAAAAUGUAAACAAGGUAACUAGGACUUUCUCUUCGGGUCCAAGUAGAAGACCUUCCACGCCAGGAGCUACAUCGCAAUCCGAUUCGCCGCGGUCUGCAAAGUCCUCGCAUGCCUACAGGAAGUCUGAUGAUGGGAGUGGCUUAUCUGCUGUCAGGAGAGAUCUGGAUGCUACGUUCAUGUCCCGUAAGCCCUUUGCUCCUUUAGUUUCAGACAGCAACAUGCCAUCCACACCCACCAAGUGCAAUUGUGACAAUGCUGAAGAGGAGAUCGGUACCCACAAGAGCUGUAUGAAGAUAGAAGCUACUGCUCCAGUCUCCUUGACUUCUCAAGCUGUAGUUAUAGACAUGCCCAGGGAGAUGGAGUACUCUUUUGAAGAGAGAAGAGCUGGCUUUGUAGUCAAAAGCUCAUCUUAAGCAUGUAAAGAUUCGAUACUUCUACUAUCGGUUAUUUGCAAGUCUUUUUACCCCCUCUCAGUAAUUGAUGCAAGUCAGUUCU